UGCGAAAAACAAGAAACAGAAAAAUGGAAACAUUACCCAUCCUUCGAUGCUCUAACCAAAAGCUCUGUUGAGCGCGAAGCUUCCUCCAAUGGAGAAAAUAACCCACUUUCCUUCAGUUUCUUUAAUUUCGUUUUUGUUUUACCAUUUCACUCAAAAGAAAAGGAAAAAAAAAAAGUAGUGUGGUCAAGCGGAAGAAUACAAAAGCGGCGACUUCUGUAACUGGUGAAUCGAAGCAGCUUCCGCUCCAUUGGCAUUGUGCUUCUCUUUGUAUUUGAUUUGCGAGAACACUGAGCAUGGCGGGUGCCGAAGCCGCCGUCGCUCAUGGCCUUCAGUCACUCUUCUGCUCUGGAAACGGCGACUACCUCCUCCGCAACAACGGCGACCAGGUUCAGGUUGAGAUGCUAAGGGGGAAGAAUCUGGGUUUGUACUUUUCAGCAGCUUGGUGUGGCCCAUGUCAAAGAUUCACCCCUUGUUUGGUGGAAGCGUAUGAUGAACUCUCUUCUAAAGGCGAUUUCGAGAUCGUUUUCGUGUCUGCUGAUGAUGACGAGGAGUCUUUCAAGGAGUAUUUCUCCAAGAUGCCAUGGCUUGCUGUCCCAUUUUCUGAUGCAGAGAGAAGGGAUCGCUUGGAUGACUUGUUUAAAGUGAGGGGAAUACCCCAUCUUAUCAUCCUUGAUAAGAAUGGCAAAGUUUCUACUGAUGGUGGAGUUGAUAUAGUUCGAGAAUAUGGAGCUGAGGGGUAUCCUUUUACACUGGAUAAAAUCACUCAAUUGGUGAGCCGAGAGGCUGCAGCCAAAAGGGAUCAGUCCUUGAGAUCUAUCCUGCUCUCUCACUCACGUGAUUUUGUAGUAUCAUCUAAUGAAGAGAAAGUACCCAUCGCUAAGCUUGAAGGGAAGGUAGUGGGUCUUUAUUUUUCUAUGUUUUCAUACGAACCAUUUAUGACUUUUACACCAAAGCUGGUGGAUGUUUAUGAGAAACUGAAAGCAAGUGGUGAGAGAUUUGAAAUUGUGCAAAUAUCCCUUGAUCAAGAUGAAGAGUUAUUUAAACAAGGGUUGAGAAACAUUCCUUGGUUUGCAUUACCAUUCAGAGAUGAGAGAUGCGAUAAGCUGGUUCGGUAUUUUGAGAUUUUGACUUUACCAAUAUUGGUUAUAAUCGGGCAAGAUGGAAAAACUCUUCAGUCUAAUGUUGUUGGAGCUGUAGAAGAACAUGAUAUUCAGGCAUAUCCAUUUACAAAGGAGAAGUUUGCAGAGCUUGCAGAUGUUGAAAAGGCAAAAGAGGAAGCUCAAACUCUGGAGUCUGUCUUGGUUUUGGGGGAUCUUGAUUAUGUCAUUGGGAAAGAUGGAGCCAAGAUUUUGGUGUCAAGUCUGACGGGUAGGAACAUCCUCCUCUACUUCUCAGCAGAUUGGUGUCCACCAUGUCGUGCAUUUCUACCAAUACUCAUUGCAGCAUAUGACAACAUUAAGGAGAAGGAUGAUGGUUUUGAAGUGAUAUUCAUCUCUAGCGAUAGGGACGAAUUGUCGUUCGAUAACGUUUUCUCUAGAAUGCCGUGGCCGGCUGUUCCAUUCGGGGACCCGAGGAAAGCAUGGGUGAUGCGUAAAUUGAAGGUCCGAGCAGAAGGUAUCCCGGUGCUUGUUGCUAUCGGGGCAGAUGGGCGCACGGUGAUGAAGGAUGCUAAACAGCUUAUUUCAGCUUAUGGUGCUAAGGCUUAUCCUUUCAGCGCUGGUCGUGUUGAAGAGCUGAAGUUGGAAAUUGAGGAGAUGGCAAAGAAUUGGCCUCAGAUGGUGAAGCAUACACUCCAUGAAGAACAUCAACUUUUCCUCGCAUCUCGACCCCCGUAUGUAUGCGAUGGAUGCGAAAAGGAAGGAAAUCUAUGGUCAUAUUGGUGCGAGAACUGUGACUUCGAUCUCCAUCCCAGGUGUGCUUUGGAAAACACACCAGAAUAUCGAAAUGGGCACGGGACGAUGGACGAAUGGAGUUACUGCGGUUGAAGCUUGCUCCAUUCACCAUAUUCACGUUUGACAAGCUGUGUAGAGACUUUGCCAGGGCAACCUCAAUAGCACUUUGCCAAGCUUACUCCAUUUGUAGGUGUAUCUCGCUCCCGCUCUCGCUCUCGCUCUCAUCUUUUUCUUUAACUCAUUCCUUAAAACAAGUCACUCUAGUCCAACUUUUCAACCUAUUGAACUUGAUAAUCCUAAUUUUGCUACCAGUAGUAAAAUAGGAUGGUUUGGUAAAAGAAAGUCCACUAAUCGAGCUUCGGAUGCUUGAAAAAGUAGAGGAAUGUGAUCUUGGAUUUUCUAGGCCGCUUGUAAAUAUUGCGUUGUUACGCAUGCCUGUAAUAUUAGAGGAUUAUGUUAGAGGGGAGAAUUGCGAAUGUAAUUUGAUAGUUACAUCAUUCACUCAAGAGAAUCGUAGAAUAAUGCUUGUUUGUAUAGUCAUAUGGGAUGAAUCACUGUUUAUGUUGAACGUGAAGGAUUUUAUAAAUUUACUGCAUUGAAUAUUAGGUU